CCCUAACAAGGUUUAAGCAAAGUAACCCAGAUUCGACGAUGAAACCCUUAAGAAUCUCGUUGAAAAUGGUGAAUUCAAAGCUCGCGAUAAGCCCUCCUUUCGUGUAACAUCUCUUGUUCUGAGAAAGUAAGCAUCUUUUUCUACAGAUCGAUGCGUCGAUGCUUGUUCACAGCUCUGUAUCUGGUGAUGAUUCAUAUGCCUUGUAGCUGUUCAAUGUGGCAAUGUUAAUGCUCAGAACUCUCAAAAAGGUUUAUAAAUCGUUGAACAUGAUCACCCAUUUCACCAAUUGCGUAGCUUUCCCCUCCUCUGUUCCUCCUCGUCGGAGCCAAGCUCCUCAAAGGUUCGACCUUUCUAGCGUUUCGUUCACAGUUCGGCGUUUCCAGAUUCAGAGCUGUGUCCGUAGUGAUAAGUCGCAGAUACCCACUCGGUUUUUCGUUAAUCCGGUUUCGAGGGGAACUAGGAACCAGGCUCAAGGAGCUCUCUUUGAUUACUUGCAUAGCACUAGAAGCUUUACUUUCACUGAUGCAGAGCAUAUAAGCAAGAACUCGCCGCGUUUUCUGACCUAUUUGCUGUCCAAGAUCGAUGAUAACGAGAGAGAUGUCUCCAGGGCAUUGAGUAAGUACCUUCGGUACAAUCCCAUAAACGAGUUCGAACCCUUUUUCGAGAGUUUGGAUUUGUCCCCAUCUGAGUUUGAGCAGUUUCUUCCCCAAAGGCUAAUGUUUCUGAGUGAUGAUGAUGUCAUGUUUGAGAACUUCCAUGCUCUUUGCAACUAUGGGGUCCCUCGUGGGAAGAUUGGCCGUGUGUAUAAAGAAGCAAGAGAGGUUUUUAGAUACGAGUCUGGGGUGUUGGUGUCUAAACUCAGGGCGUAUGAGGAUUUGGGUCUUAGAAAGGGUACAGUUAUAAAGGUGGUUACUAGCUGUCCCUUGCUGCUUGUUGGUGGGGUUGAUGGUGAGUUUGCUUCCGUGGUUGAUAAGUUGAAAAGGUUACCAGUGGGAUGUGAUUGGCUUGGGAGAGACUUGUCUGACCGGAGAACGUAUAGCUGGGGGAGGAUUCUGGAGACGAUGGAAUUUCUUGAGAGAAUGGGAUGUAAAGAGGAGAAGCUGAGUAGUCUUUUGAGAACUUAUCCUGCUUUGGUGAUUGAAGGCUCUGGUAAGAAGUUCUAUGUUCUGUUUGGUGGGUUGUUUAAAGUGGGGCUUCAAGUGAAUGAGAUUUAUAGUCUGUUUAUAGACAACCCUGAGAUGUUAUCAGACAAAUGCGUUAAGAACAUUAGGAAGACGGUUGAUUUCUUGAUCGGUAUUAGAAUGGAAACGCAUUUUAUCAGGAAGAUUCUGUUGAGUCACACGGAGCGUAUCGGUUCAUGCUCUCUGCAAGCGCCUAGGACCGUUUGUGUUAGUUUGAACGUUAGCCAGGAGGAGCUAUGUCAGAUGUUAAAGAACGAGCCUCUGAGAUUGUUCAGCUUUGUGACUACAACAAAGAAGAGAAAAAGCAAACUUCUUUCGGAGGAUGCGAGGAAACACGCGGAGAAGACUGCGUUUUUGAUGAGGCUAGGGUAUUUAGAGAACUCGGACGAGAUGGUGAAGGCUCUGAAACAGUUCCGAGGGAGGGGAGAUCAGCUGCAGGAGAGGUUUGAUUGCCUCGUGAAAGCCGGUUUAAACCACAAUACGGUUGCGGAGAUCAUCAGGCACGCUCCGAUUGUGCUUAACCUCUCUAAAGAUGUCAUAGAGAAGAAGAUACAUUCCUUAACCGAGCUUCUUGGCUAUCCCAUUGAAUCUCUGGUGAGUUUCCCGGCGUAUCUGUGCUAUGAUAUGCAGAGAAUACAUCAGAGAUUCUCAAUGUAUUUGUGGUUGAGGGAAAGAGAUGCAGCAAGGCCAAUGCUAUCACCGAGUACUAUUCUCACUUGCGGAGAUGCUAGGUUUGUCAAGUAUUUUGUCAAUGUCCACCCUGAAGGUCCAGCUGUUUGGGAACGUAUAAACCAAUCGUCUACCUGAAGUGAAAAGGUUUACUGGCACGAUUACUUGAUUUGAUUACAACUGAGAUUGUGAGGAUAUGCUAAUGCAACACAAAAUUUGAGCUUUGUGAUAUGAAUGAAUGCCAACUAAUGAAACAAAUGGUAGAGCUGUAAAUUGGGCGGGUGCAUGUCCAUUAGCCCAUAUCCAUUUGUCCAUUUAUUGUUUGCGGACAGAGAGUGACCAUGUCCAUUAAGAACCAUGUCCAUUGAUGACUAUACCCACUAACACCCAUAUUUUCAUGGGCUGCCAUGGGGUCCAUAAUGACCAUAUAAAAAAUUUUAAAUUUUAAUUUAUAAGCCUACAAUUAUAUAUACAAGUUCAUAAAAUUAAAAUUCAUCCAUAAAUUCAAAAGUACAACAAUACAUAAGUUCAUAAGUACAACAAUUCCGGUCUUGGUGGGAAAAAUCAAUUUUGCGGUUUUGGCGGAAAAACUUAAUUUUGCAGUUUUGA